UGCCAAGUCUUUGUCCGGAACUCGCAAUUCUGGCUAUCCAGUGGGACUUUGCUAUGCGCUUAGCCUCAGGACUUCAGCACGCCUAGCGUAUAAUACAGUCUAGUGUCCUGUCUGUAAAGAAACUGUAGCUCGCUGAAGAUUGCAAACAUUUUCGGUCAUUUUGUUUUAUUUAUAAAAAACUUAUUUUAUUUUUCCUCCCCAUCAUUGUCCUUCGUUGGAAUCGAAGUCGAGGUGGAUGCAACUUUACAGAUACAUUAUAAAAACAAGUUUGGCUGUUUUCGUUUGGUUGCCUAUUUUAGGAAAAUUGUAAUACGUUUGAAACUUUUGUUCCCUGCUUUUUGAUUCUAUGGGAGAGUUUGGAACUCGAAAAACAUUUUGAAGACUAAACGCUACUUUUUUUUUACAACAUUGGCUUCAUGUUUCCCAUAUAUGUAUAGUUUUAAGGUAGCACAAGCACGUUUGAAUUAAGAAUCCGGUUAGCUAGUCAACCAAUUCGGUAACUUUUAGAGCUUUAGCUAGUAGCCAGUGAAGUGUAAGGAAAUCUGGGUCUCCAUGAAUAAAUCCCAACAUGCGAGUUGAAACUGUCCUUGUAACCUAAUACAGCUGAACGCUUUUCUCGUGUUUUUUUGUGCCCAUAACAUUUUUAUUUUAUUUAACCGACUCAAUGAACACGAUGUUAGUGUUCUCUACGGUUUACACAUUGGCCCUGCUUUUUGUUUCGACGAAGGCUGAGCCCAAUUCGAAAAGCUGCAUUGAAGUUAGGGCUGCAUACAGUUCCAAAGGCUUCAACAUCAAUGACGUUCCCAACAAAGGGGUACACGGAGCCCCCCUAAAGGUGUGUCCUCAGGGCUACUCAUGCUGUACCCUGGAGAUGGAGGAAAAGCUGAGCCAGCAGAGCCACUCAGACCUGAAGGCCCCCGUCUCCCAGCUCAACUCCAACCUACAGAGCACCUUCAAACAGAGGCACAGCCAAUUUGAUCAAUUCUUCCGCGAGUUGUUGGACAAUGCGGAGCACUCGCUCAACGACAUGUUCGUGCGCACGUACGGCCUGAUGUAUGUGCAUAAUGCGGAGCUAUUCAAGCACUUUUUCCAGGAGCUGAAGCGCUACUAUGUGUCGGGCAGCAAGGCAGUCAACCUGGACUCCAUGCUGUCCAACUUCUGGGAAGACCUCCUGGAGAGGAUGUUCCGAUUGGUCAACGUCCAGUACGAGUUCAGUGACGCCUACAUGGAGUGUGUCAGCCGCCACACCGAGCAACUGAAACCGUUUGGUGACGUGCCGCGCAAGCUCCGCCUCCAGCUGACACGGGCCUUUGUCGCGGCGCGCACCUUCACACGUGGCCUGGCACUCAUGCCCGAGGUGGUAAACAAAGUCUCCACGGUCAGUGUAUCCCCUAGCUGUGUGCGGGCAGCCAUGAAGAUGUUGUACUGUCCCUACUGCAAAGGCCAGGUGGCCCUCAAGCCUUGCCAGAACUACUGUCUCAACGUGAUGCGUGGCUGUCUGGCCAACCAGGCUGACCUCGACACAGAGUGGAACAACUUCCUGGAUGCCAUGUUGAGUCUGGCUGAGAGACUGGAGGGGCCUUUCAACUUUGAGUCUGUGAUGGACCCCAUUGACGUUAAGAUCUCUGAGGCCAUCAUGAACAUGCAGGAGAACAGCAUGCAGGUGUCACAGAAGGUGUUCCAGGGGUGUGGUCAGCCUAAACCAGGUAAUGGCUUCCGGUCGCAUCGCUCAGUCAAGGAGACAGGAUUCACCGGUCGCUUUCGACCCUACAGCCCUGACGCACGGCCCACUACUGCUGCUGGCACCAGCCUGGACAGACUGACGACAGACGUGAAGAAAAGGCUGAAGCAUGCUAAGAAGUUCUGGUCCACGCUGCCAGAAACUGUGUGUGCUGGGGAGAGGAUUACGUCGAGGGAUGAUUGUUGGAACGGAACAGCAAAGAGCAGGUACGAGUCUGUUGUCAUGGGCAAUGGAUUGGCCAAUCAGGUGUCCAACCCGGAUGUGGAAGUGGACAUUACAAAGCCAGAUGUGGUGAUUCGCAGUCAGAUCGCAGUGUUGAAGGAAAUGACCAGCUGGCUGAAGGCCGCCCACAGCGGCAAUGAUAUCUCCAUUGACCAAGGUGAGGAUGAUGAGGAUGGUAGCGGAGGACAGGAGAGUGGUAGCGGCUGUGACUCUCCAUCCUGUGAGGCAGACCGGGACAUCUACUUCUCCGUCCCACCCACCCCCAUCAACCCCCGCGUGGUCAAGGUGGUGCACCAGAAAACGACCGGUGGAGACCGUAUGGCACACGGGAGCAUGGCACUGGCACUCUGUGGGCUCACCCUGGCCCUGCUCGCCCCCCAUUGGCGAUAAAGGGAGAGAGAGUGAGAAAGGAAGAUGGAGAGAAGGGAAAAACUGUCAGACUUUUAAGAAGACUGCCUUCAGGACCUGUCUGCCCGCCAUCAUGUGGGGGGGGGGCUCUUGAGUUAUUUGAAUUUUUCAUUCGUUUUUAUAAAAAUGGUCAAUACUGUACAGCUAUUUCCUUCCACUUUUCUUGUUUGUUUCUUUGCCUUUUGUCCUGAUUUAACUGAUUCGCCGCUUGCGGCACCUUCGAGCUAGAGUCCCUCCCGCCACAUUACCAACAGCGUUUUGAGUUCUUCCAUUUCAUUCAUGGGCUGGCCAGGGAUGAAUGUGGCUAUGCCAGAAAAGAGAACAUCUUGGUUACAUGUUGAAGCUCUAAACUGACUCUCAAAGCUAAGAGUACAGUAGCUCUGUGGGAAAAUACUAAGAAGUAACAGGGCUGAUGUUUAGAUGGUUCGAUAGGAGAUUGAACUAGCUGGCGAGGGGUUCUAGGGGCUUCUGUGUGCCCAGGUGUGCAUCCAUAAUGUGGAAGGAGUAGCACUUCCCAAACGACCCUCAAAUACCAAACUGGUCCACUGAGGUCAUACCUCAUCUGUGUUCUCUGAAUCAUCAUUAUACACUAGCAGUGUUGAAAUGGAACAUGUCUGAUGGAGUUGGAUGUAUGGGGAGGUCCUGAUGUAGGCUAGAAGAGAAAGUUGGUGACUUGAGACAAGGGACCCCCCCCUCCCCGUCAUUCCCCUAUCGAAGGCAGAGUUUACAGUCCUCUGUGUCCUGAGGCAGAGAGUCUAUUCAGUUCAGAGCAGACUCAGACUCUGCACAAUUUGUCUUACAUAUGAUAAAAUAACAUGAUCUUGACAGGGAGUAGCUUGUAUGUCCAAAAUGUUUGAGAUGUAGCAGAAAAGAGAAACCAAGACAGAGUUGAGUGACUGUGAAUUGAGUCAGAGAUGAGAGAAAUGCGGAGACUGAGUAUGAUGAAAUUGUAACACAGGGUUUUAUGUUGAGGAAUUUUUUGGUAUAUACUGUGUGUAUGUGUAUAUAUAAAUAUAUAUAUAUAUAAAAACAAUACUCAUCAUCAACUCUGUCUUGGGGCGGCAGGGUAGCCUCGUGGUUAGAGCGUUGGAUGAGUAACCAAAAGGUUGCAAGUUCGAAUCCCCGAGCUGACAAGGUACAAAUCUGUCGUUCUGCCCCUGAACAGGCAGUUAACCCACUGUUCCUAGGCCGUCAUUGAAAAUAAGAAUUUGUUCUUAACUGACUUGCCUAGUAAAAUAAAGGUAAAAUUUAAAUAAAAUUUUAAAAAAUUAAACAUCUCAUAAUUACCGUUGGAGUCGGAAGUUUACAUACACAUAGUUUGGAGUCAUUAAAACUAGUUUUCAACCACUCCACACAUUUCUUGUUCAUGAACUAUAGUUUUGGCAAGUCGGUUAGGACAUCUACUUUGUGCAUGACACAAGUCAUUUUCCAACAAUUGUUUACCGACAGAUUAUUUAACUUACAAUUCACUGUAUCACAAUUCCAGUGAGUCAGAGGUUUACCUACACUAAGUUGACUGGGCCUUUAAACAACUUGGAAAAUUCCAGAUGAUGUCAUGGCUUCGAAGCUUCUGAGGGACUAAUUGACAUAAUUUGAGUCAAUUGGAGGUGUACCUGUGCAUGUAUUUCAAGGCCUAGCUUCAAACUCAGUGUCUCUUUGCUUGACAUCAUGGGAAAAUCAAAAGAAAUCAGCUAAGACCUCAGAAGAAAAAGUGGAGACCUCCUCCACAAGUCUGGUUCAUCCUUGGGAGAAAUUUCUCAAAGCCUGAAUGCACCAAGUUCAUCUGUACAAACAAUAGUACGCAAGUAUAAACACCAUGGGACCACGCAGCCGUGAUACCACUCAGGAAGGAGACGUGUUCUGUCUCCUAGAGAUGAACGUACUUUGGUGCGAAAAGUGCAAAUCAAUCCCAGAACAACAGCAAAUUACCUUGUGAAGAUGCUGGAGUACAAAAGUAUCUAUAUCCACAGUAAAACGAGUCCUAUAUCAACAUAACCUGAAAGGCCGCUCAACAAGUAAGAAGCCACUGCUCCAAAACCGCCAUAAAAAAGCUAGACUACGGUUUGCAACUGCACAUGGGGACAAAGAUCACAAUUUUUGGAGAAAUGUCCUCUGGUCUGAUGAAACAAAAAUAGAACUGUUUGGCCAUAAUCACCAUAGUUAUGUUUGGAGGAAAAGGGGGAGGCUUGCAAGCCGAAGAACACCAUCCCAACAGUGAAGCACGGGGGUGACAGCGCCAUGUUGUGGGGGUGUUUUGCAGGAGGGACUGGUGCACUUCACAAAAAUAUAUGGCAUCACGAGGAAGGAUAAUUACGUGGAUAUAUUGAAUCAACAUCUCAAGACAUCAGUCAGGAAGUUAAAGCUUGGUCGCAAAUGGGUCUUCAAAAUGGACAAUGACCCCAAGCAUACUUCCAAAGUUGUGGAAAAAUGGCCUAAGGACAACAUUGUCCAGGUAUUGGAGUGGCCAUCACAAAGCCCUGACCUCAAUCCUAUAGAACAUUUGUGGGCAGAACUGAAAAGCAUGUGCGAGCAAGGAUGCCUACAAACCUGACUCCGUUACACCAGCUCUGUCAGGAGGAUUGGGACAAAAUUGACCCAACUUAUUGUGGGAAGCUUAUGAAAGGCUACCAGAAACAUUUGACACAAGUUAAACAACUUCUGACCCCCUGGGAAUGUGAUGAAAGAAAUUAAAGCUGAAAUAAAUCAUU